AAAGAGACGAAUAUCAACAUGUCCACCAGAAUGUUUGUCGUCCACAAUCCUCCUCGCAGGAGAAGACGGAGCAGAGACGAACCUCCUCUGAUGAGGAUUGUUGUUCUGCGGAAGAGUGUGUCUGAAAAUAGUCUGGUGGGGAACUUGAUCUUAGGACGAGCAGCGUUUGACAGUGAAGCUCCUCCAGAUGUUGUAGAGAGAGUCGGAGGAAGACAGAAGGACAGACACCUGAUCAUCAUCAACAGUCCUCAGCUUCUCCAGAGGAACAUCUCAGAUCAGCAGAUCACACACACAGUGAGAGAGUGUGUGUUUUUCUCUGAUCCAGGGCCUCAUAUCUUCAUACUAGCACUGCAGUAUAAAGACUUCACUAAGAAGGACUUGAGAAGAGUGAAAUAUGUGCUGGAAACAUUCAGUGAAGAGGCCAUUAAACACACCAUGGUGCUCACGACUGAUGACGAGACUGAUAAAUGGGCAUCUGUGAAAGCUAAUGAAUUCAUUCAACAAUUAACUGCAGAAUGUGGAGGAGGACAUGUUCAAUUUAAUAACGAAAUAGAGGAAUGGUGCUCUGUAAUAUCAGAACGACUGGAGAAGAUACUUGGAGAAAACCAUGGAGAAUUUCUUACAUGUGAACUAUUUUACGAUGCAGAAGAAACACUGCUGGAUGAAGAUCAGAGCAGAUCUUUAGCUUCACUCAGAAUGAAGAAGGAAGAUUCUGAUGGUGUAAGUGUCGCCAGAGAAGAGAAGCUGAACUUGGUGUUGUGUGGAAGUGAUGAAAACCUGAAGAAAUCCUUAUUAAAACUAAUAGAAGAGAAGAGGAGAGAUGUGGGUCUUCAUGAUCGUCAGAUCAGUGUGAUAGAGCUUCCAGCUCUGACUGGUCUUUCAGAAGAGGAAGUGAUGCGUCAGACUCUCCGCUGUGUGUCUCUCUGUCGUCCUGGAGUUCAUGUUUUCAUCAUCAUUAUUCCUGACGCUCCUCUCAAUAAUGAAGACAGAGCAGAAACAGAGAAGAUCCAGAAGAUCUUCAGCUCCAGAAUCAACAAACACAUCCUGAUCCUCAUAAAGCAGAGCUCAGAGCGUCAGACAGAAGAACUCAGUGAAGAAACACAGUCUGUCAUUCAGAGGUUCGGAGGAAGACAUCAGCUCUUUGGUCCCAAAACACAGGUGUCCACAUUGAUGGAGAACAUUGAGCAGAUGCUGGAAGAAAACAGAGGAGAGUGUUUCUCCACAGAGAUGUUUCUGGAGACACAGAUGAAGAAACUGAUGAAAUAUGAAAAGAUGAAGAAGAAAACUGACUCAUUAGAGACACAUUUACUCUCACAAGGUUCAUCAGAGAAAGAAGAUGAGCUGAGGAUUGUGCUUCUGGGAAAAACUGGAGCUGGGAAAAGUGCGACAGGAAACACAAUCUUAGGAAGAGAAGCAUUUAGAGCAGAAGAAUCGUUUGAAUCAGUGACUAGAGAGAGUCAGAGAGAAUCAUGUGAAAUCAACGGUCGACGUGUCACUGUGAUCGACACUCCAGGACUGUUUGAUACUGAACUCAGUAAUGAGGAGAUCCAGAGAGAAAUCACUCACUGUGUCUCCAUGAUCCUGCCUGGACCACAUGUGUUUCUCUUACUGGUUCCACUGGGACGAUUCACUAAAGAAGAAGAAACAUCAGUGAAGAUCAUCCAAGAGACCUUCGGUGAAAACUCAGUAAUGUUCACCAUGGUGCUCUUCACCCGAGGAGACUUUCUGAAGAAGAAGACCAUCGACCAGUGUUUGGGAAAACCUGGAUCUCCUCUGAUGAAGCUGAUCGAAGCGUGUGGAAACAGAUAUCAUGUGUUCAAUAAUAAUCAGCCUGAAGACCGAACACAGGUGACUGAUCUACUGCAGAAGAUAGACGACAUGCUGAAAGAGAAUGGAGCGAGUUUCUACUCAUGUAAGAUGUUCAGAGAGAUGGAGAGAGAGAAACAAGAACUACAGAUCAAGAUCCUAAUGGACAGAGUCCGAGAAAGAGAAGAGGAGAUGGAGAAACUGAACAGAGAAAGAGAGGAGGAGAUUGAGAAACUGAACAGAGAAAGAGAGCAAGAGAUGGAGAAACUGAACAGAGAAAGAGAGCAAGAGAUGGAGAAACUGAAGAGAGAAAGAGAGGAAGAGAUGGAGAAACUGAACAGAGAAAGAGAACAAGAGAUGGAGAAACUGAAGAGAGAAAGAGAGGAAGAGAUGGAGAAACUGAAGAGAGAAAGAGAG